AUGAGCUUCAAUUUCCAGUGUUUACCCAGAGAACUCCAGCUGGGAGUGCUGAAAAAGUGUGAUUCGACAACGUUGACGCGUUUAUUGAAGACUGAUAGCGAUACCCGCGCGCUUGGUUUGUACAGUUUGAACCAAAGGGUGGCCGAGGUGACGGGUCUGACUUCUUGUGGCUCCUCGCAGACAAUAUGCGAUAGUGGUUUGUGGUCCGAUGCUUUCACCAACGCCGAUAAAGAAGGUGAGAAUUCUACACACACAACGAGAAGGCAACCGUCCCAGAUUGAACAGGUUUGUGUGGAACAUACCCAAAAUCUUUUCAUUAGUGUUUUUUCUCCCCAGAUAUCGGAGAGAAGUGCGGCGUGCCAGAUGUACGAGACCAAAUGCCUGAACUCCAGUGCUGUUUCUCCGGUGCAUUCAAGGGACGAUAGUAAAGGAUCAAGUGAUAUGACUCGCGAUAUUGAUGCUGCGCAGCUGAUAGACCUUCUCAAGAAUAUGGAAGCCGAGAUAGACGAACGUCAGACCGAGAAGUUGUCUUACUAUUCGACCAACAGACUGAAUAGCAAACGUGAUAGAAACAGAAACACAGCAAAAGAGAACCACAUGAUGUCCAGUGUAUUCCAACUUGGGUCCCUCAAGUCGCUGAGAGACCCUUUGAGCACUGCAAACCCAAAUGAAAAGUUUGAGGACAAGACCCAGCCUACUGAUAACGAGCUCCACGUUUUGGUGGACGAGGACUCAGCUGCGGUAAAGUUCCGGUUUGAGAUAUCUGUAAAGCUUGCAGAUGGACAAACCAUAACGCUGCUCAGUCGUUCUGAGAGGAUACAGAAACAGUGGAGCGAGGACGAUUCUACCCACUUUCUGUGUUCUCCAAGGGGAGAAUUUUGCAUAUCAUUCAAACUCAGAAAAGGAGAAGAGGUUCCACCCAGAUCUCCCUAUGAUUAUGAGUGUGUUACAAACUACUACAUCGAUUUCCAGAGCUUUUGCAUUAACAACUGUUACCUCAUUAGCUGCUAUGAACAGGCACUCGCGAAAACUAAAGGGUUAGCCGCAUCGACAUGA